GUGUAUCAUCCGACCACGACUUUAAUGUUUGAACAGCUACUGACGAUGCUAAACAAAUAUAUUUGGAAUAUAGAAUAUAUUAUAAACUUAAACAUGAAUUAAAUUUAAAAUCAAUAUAUUAAUUAUCCAUAGACGUAAAUAGGGUUUUUAAUUGCAUAAGGUUUAAGCAUGUAAUUUGAAUUGACUGAAACGGCCAUAUAAUAAGCAUUAACCCCUUUCUGCAUGAAUUAAUUAUUUUUUUCAAAAAAAAAUAGAUGUAAUGGUUUGGGUUCAAGAUGUCAUGAAAAAAUGCUUAAAAAUAUUUUGACCAAUUUUGACCUUUAAAAAGCCUUAAGUUUAAUUUGUGCCAUAAAUGGCACAAUGUGCACCAAAAGUAUGUAUGUGCUGUAUUUGAACUUUAUGCAUUAAAAUUAUCAACAUUAUUUUGUACCAUUUAUGGGGCAUAUGCAAUCAUAAAAAAAAAUUAAAUAAACACACAAUAUAAUAUUUUAUGUAAUUUUUAUUAAUAAGCAUAUUACAUUUUUUAGUUUUCAAAUCAGUCCUUGAUUUUUAGUAUCAAAUUUCUGUUCAGUAUACAAAUACCAAUUUAUAGUUAACGAAUUAAAUUUUUUUCUUAUAUUUGUAACAAUUAUUAAUAAACAAUAUCAAACAAUACAUACUAACAAAAUUUAAAUAAUUAAAAUAUUUGUUUUUUGAAACUAACUUACCUAACUUUCAGGUAACAUAAAUUUUAACAAUAUAGUCUUAAAUAUUAAAAUCCUUAAAUAAUAUAAUUUGUAUUAAUAAUUAUUAUAUCCAGUGCUCAAAUUGGGGGGGGACGGAGCUCCCCUUCUAAUUUUUAUUUUUUAGCGUACCCUUUCUUAUAUUUUUAAUUUGCACGGGGGGAAGGUACGUCCCCUAUGUAAAUUAUUAUUAAUAAACUUGCAAAUUUAUAGUGGAACCUACGACAUUAAGUCAAAAAACAAUGUUGGUUAUUUGCCUAAGAACUGUUGUUGGACAAAAUAAUGAGGUAAUAACAUUUUUUUUUGAUAUCAUUGAACUAACAAACACAUCUGCCGAUUCAAUAAAAAAACACUAUACUAACAAAUCUUUCAUCUCAUGGAUUUGACAAUAAUUUUCUAAAGUUAAAUCUCAUUGCAUUUGUAAGUGAUGGUGCGUCAACAAUGUUAGGUCGAGUUGCUGGUGUUGGAGCUCAGUUGAAAAAAAUAUACCCGAAUAUAGUUAUUUGGCAUUGUUGUAACCAUAGGUUAGAACUCGCUGUAUGCGAUACUUUAAAGGAAGUUAGUAGUAUUAAUAAUUUUCAACAAUUUUCCAGCACUAGGUAUCAACAUUUCACAACGGCUGCUAAUGAUGGUUUAAGAACAUCAAAAGAAAAGUCAAAAUACUUGGGACUUCAAAGACAUUUGGCAUCAAUAGAAUUUGUCACCAAUCUUGGUAUAAUGUAUGAUGCCUUAUGUGAAUUAGCUGACUUGUCUACAUUACUCCAAAAUAGAAGUCAUACAUUGACUCAAGCAAAUCGUUGUAUUCAAUGUAGAAUAAUGGUUUUGAUUCAAUGGCUGAAAAUUAUGGUUCUAGAACAAAAGAAGCUAUUGAUUCAUGUAAAGAACUAUCAUUUAAAAGCAUUCCACUCAUUAGUAAUAAAGCUAUACCAAAGAUGAAUCCAUUGUAGUUUUUUAGAAGUCUAUCUAAUAAUUUAGGAAGUAGAUUGUUCACAACACAAUCAUCAAACGUAUCUAUGCAGGGUAAUGAGUUAAAAAAUAUAUACACUCAAUUACUAAGUGACUUAGUAGUAUUGGACCCGAAAAAUUGGCCAGAUCAAUUUGAUAUACAAUAUGGUGAUUCGGCAAUUAGAAGAUUAGCUAAUGUGUUUCAAGUUGAUGCAAGAUCUGCGAUAAAUGGAUUUCGAGAAUUUAAAGAUCUUGGAGAUAGUUUGACUGUUUUAGAUUUAAGACCAUUAUUAACUGCAAUUAAUUAAUAAAUCAUUAUAAGUGAAUGUUGAACGCAGAUUUUCUGGUCUUAAGUUAAUUUUGUCUUGACUUAAGAUUAUCCUGUCAAAUGUUGGAAAACAUUUUAAAAAUACAAGGAAACAGCCAAUAAUUUAUUAAUGUACCUACCUAUAUUAUUUAUUAUUUAAAUAUAAGUUUGUUUGAAUAUUUAUUAAUUUCUAUGUCAUACAAAUACUAUUAUCUUGUGAAUUAUACACCUAAACUAAUACUAACUUAUCAGUUAGCUUUUUGCUAAAAACUAGGAAAUUCUACUUAUUUCACAAUUCUUGCACAACAGAGUGGAUAAUUAUGCCAAAAAUAACAAUAUAAUUUAUUGAAAAAAACAAUUUAAUUCUCUAUUUUACUUUAAAUUAUAACAUUUAACAUUUACCAAAAAAUUAAAAUAACAUUUAAAAAAGUAAUAAUGUUAAAAAUUAAAACUGUAUAACAUUUUAACAUACAAUAACGUUAACAUCAAAGUUGUAUAACGUCCACCAAUUCACUUGCAAAAAAAGUAGCUGAAAUAGUUGUUACCGAGACAGUGAAAGUAGAAAUUGAAAGGAUUUUUCAAUAAAAAUUGUAUUAUUAAAUUAGCGGCGAGGUAUACUAUCUGAAUCCAAUUCUUCGAUAAGCGAUAGCGGCAAUUUUCAACUAGCACACCCCACUAGUUAGGUAAUCAUAUGCUAUAAA